AUGGCGGCCGCCGCGGGAAUGUCCGCCUUGUGCCGGCGCCUCAUGGGCUCACUGCGGUUGUCAGGAGCGCGCCCGAGUUUGAUGGCUGCUGGCAUCCCUGGGUUGACACCAAAUCUCUUUCUCAAGAGCCAAGCAAAAGUUGAGCUUCUCCAUCAGUUGAAGUUUCUGCACACUACUUUGUCUCGGAAAGGUCUGGAGGAGUUUUUUGAUGAUCCAGUAAACUGGGGAGAAAAAAGUGUAAAGUCCGGGGAUGCAUGGAAUAUAAAGCAACUGAGGGCCAAAAGUAGUGAGGACUUACACAAGCUUUGGUAUGUCCUACUGAAGGAAAAAAACAUGCUUUUAACUUUAGAGCUAGAAUCAAAACGACAACUCAAGCCUAUGCCAAGUCCAGAACGAUUAGAAAAGGUAGAAGAGUCUAUGAAAAAUAUAGAUUUGGUUGUCAGAGAAAGAGAAAUUGCUUUGAGGCUUCUACAAACUGGCCAUGAAAAGCCAGUACCUGGCGAGUGGAGACAUGACUUCCUAGGACGCACCUACUGGUACUCUUAUAAAGAAUGGCCAAUACCAUGGUACUUGAACAAGAAAUACAAGAAGAGGAAAUUUUAUUACUUACCUCACGUGGAACGCUUUAUCAGGCUCAGACUUGAACAAUCUUUACGCACAAGGGCAAGAAGGCAAAGCCUGGAGAAAACAAAGCAGAAGCUCUUGGAAAGGAAGUUCCCUCACCUUGCUAUAAAAUCUCAGAGUCAGUAACACACUGAAGCAUGGCAAGCAAUUGGCCAAGUGUCUUUGUUACUGGAACAUGAAACAAUUCUGAAACCAGUGAACAACUUGACUGAGCAUUCCCGAGUCUCCUUUUUGUUUGUUUUUUUUUUUCCCCAUGCUUGAUCUAAAUUAAAUUUGUGAUUGGGAAUUAAAAGCAGCUUCAGUGCA